AUGGAACUAGCCAAAGAUGCAAUCAAGCAGCGUUCUAAAAAUGACAAGGAGAAAUACGGGAAAUUUUGGGAAUUAUUUGAGCAAAGAAGAAGGAAGAAUAUCGUUCAUCCAAUACAUGCAGCCUCUGCUUUUCUUAAUCCUGCAUAUAUGUGUAGUAGCAAUUUCAGGGAAGAUCGAGAGACGAAAGAAGGAAUUAGUUUCAUGCAUGAGAACUUGGUGAAGGAGGAGGAGAAACCUGACUUUAUGAAAGAAAUUCAACUCUACCAGAUGAAAGUUUCAACUUUAUUUUCUCCUACCUCUAAAACAAUGUUGGAGACAUCUCAUCCAUGUAAGUUUAACUGA